CUGCCCGCUCACACCCAACUACAGACGGUGCUAACGAAGGUGUACAACGAGGUGUUGCUGUUUCGUCUGUCAGCUUCUGAUGUGCACAGCUAGCACUGGGUUGUGUGUGUCGUGUUGUCGAUCGUCAACGCGCAAGAAAAUCAUUGGGAACUGAACGAGGUAUAGGGCAUUGUGUCGGCGAGAGCUAGUCCGGCCACCGCCAUCAUGAAUCCGAAAUGUGCUCGAUGCGAGAAGACUGUGUAUCCUAUGGAGAAGUUGUCAUGCUUGGACAAGGCAUGGCAUAAGGGAUGCUUCAACUGCGAGGUGUGUAAAACAACACUCACCAUGAAAUCCUACAAGGGUUAUCAGAAGAAGCCCUAUUGCAAUGCCCACUAUCCCACUACACGCUUCACUGCUGUGGCCGACACGCCAGAAAACAUGCGACUGAAGAAGCAACAGGAACAAGUCAGCAAUGUACACUAUCAAGCUCAGCAUCGUGAGAACCUGCAGAAGUUCACUGCUGUGGCUGACAACCCGGAAGCGGCGCGUGUCCGAAAGCAACAGGAACUGAGCGGUGGCUCAUACCACCAGGGCACCACAACUGCAGGAUCUCGUUGGGAGCAGGAUCAAGCAUCGCGUCCACCCCCAAGACAACCAGCAUACGAACCUGAACCAGCAUACGAACCUGAACCGGCAUACGAACCCGAGCCAGAACCCGAGCCCGCACCUCACUCCUAUACACGUCACCAUGAGCCGGAGCCCGAACCAGAGCCGGAGCCGGAGCCCGAACCAGAACCUGCAUAUGAAGAUGACCCAGCUCCUGCUGCUGGCGGUGGUGGUGGUGGCAGUGGAACUACCAUGACAGCUCUGUACGACUAUGAAGCCGCUGAUGAGGAUGAGAUCGGCUUCGUGGAAGGUGAUAUUGCCAUUGACGUGGAAGUUGUGGAUGACGGCUGGGUCACAGCCACAAUUGAGCGCACCGGCCAACGUGGCAUGGCACCUUCAAACUAUUUCGAGCCAAUCUAGAAGACGGAUCGGCGGCGGCCUAUUUUCUUAGCUCGCCCGCCGCCUUCAGCUCAGCCGUGUCAGGUCCACACGACGAUUGCAUGCAGCUCAUUCAAGCAGUGUACGAAUACGUACAUGUUGAUUUAUCACACUGUGCUGCCACAUGUUUACACUACUUGCUAGCAAAACUUUCAUAGACGCUACAUCAUAACUGUACCAAUGUGUUCUUGCCAUGCAAUCUAGAUUUUCCUCGCCAGUUUUGGAUUUCAAUUUUACGGCUGUGUUGUCCAAUGUUAGAUAUCGUACACUUUCUUUUACCAUUGAACUAAUUACUUAUGUACAAGGUCAGAGAGCGAAUGGAAGAAAGUUAUGUGUACAAUCGUAA